AUGAAGAACCAACAAGUGAACUAUUCAGGACUGAAUAUGGCCAAGGAACCAAAGAGGCAGCAAAGCAAAUCUAAGGGCGGGAAAAGCUCCAUUUCAGUAACUGAACAGGAAAUAACCCAAGUGGAAUUAAACCUUCAAAAUGCUCCUCUGGAUCUCCAGGGGAAGGAGAAGACCUGCUACUACAAAGUUUCACUGUUAUCUCCAGAGAAGCUCGUUGCUGAGAUUUUGGCCGUCGUUUGCAUUGUCCUAGUGGGCUCUGUGCUAAAAAUGAUAUUAAUAGCUCUUGUUCCCUUUACAUUAACACAGAAGCUGAACAAUUCUUCACAGAUUAUAAGAACUCAGAAAGCAUAUCAUUGUGCUCGUUGUCCAGAGGAGUGGUUCACAUAUUCCACCAAUUGUUAUUACAUUAGCAAGGAAUUCAAAACUUGGGAUGAGAGUGUGACGGCCUGUGCUUCUAACAACUCUAAUCUGCUUUACAUAGAUAAUGAAGAAGAAAUGAAAGACCUCUGCUCUAUUUCAGUC